AUACUUAAGCGCCCAUCCAUGUUCCCACGGAUGCGCGUCAUUCCGAUUCUUGUGAUAACAAGCACUCGCAGUUUCUUAUUACUAACAGCGAUGGCCAACAUCCUCGACGCUUCUGCUCUAACAUCUCUCAUACCAACUCUCCUCCCACCUAACCAAAAAUCUCUUCAGUCCCCUCAAGAUGCUUUGGCAGUGCUGUCCCAUGCGAUAUUAUCUUCUCUCGCUUUUCGAUUAAUUGCUGUUGACGAUUCCAAUAAUAAUAACGAGAUCAACAGUAAUUCUCUUCCAGAAAACUGGAACUCGCAUGGACCUGGAGGAUACACGUUUAGGUAUAAACACGAGCAAAGUAGUCUGGAAUUUGUUGUAAAGUUGACGAAGUUGGGAAAGAGGACUGUUGUUAAUGCGAUUGCCGUUGAAAGCGAUAAAACAUCAACUCUCGACAUAUCUACAGAUGAUUUUACUUCGCCUUCUUCGUUCCCUUACAUCCUCAACACCGACACCAAUUCUUCCUCCUCGUCAUCGCCGCUUGUACACUGCUACAUUUCCUCCUCCCGCAUAACCGACUUUGUCUCCCAGUUCAAACUCAAAAUCAUUCAAAAACUCGUCCCUGGGUUAAGGAAGGACGGGUAUACUGAGGAAGUUGAUCUCGAUGAUAAAUCGUCUACAUCUACGACGAACAACACUCACUCACUAAACCCGGUCCGACCCGGUCCCUCACGCACGAUCCCGCGAUACAACCCAGACGAGGAGGAGUUUCCUAUGCGGUUCCCACCUACCCGGAACCCGUCCUCGCACAUUGCGCCAAACAACCCCCUCGAAAUCGGUCGCAGAGAUCUAGACCCCAUCCCAGGGGGCUCCUUCCAACCACCUCCGCUAUUCCCACAGUCCGGUAGUGGCGAUGGCAUGUUCGUUGGUCCAGAUCAUCCCAUAUUUGGUGGGCGGAUCGGACAAGGACAAGGAAGUGGUGGUGGGUUUGGUCCAGGAAUCGGUGGAGGGGGUAUCGGAGGUAUCGGAGGAAGGGGGCCUCGAUGGGGCGGAGACGGAUUUCUCCCACCUAUGGGUGCACCUCCCGGUGCAAGGUUUGAUCCUGUUGGGCCAAUGUUUGGGCCUGGUCCUGGGGGCGUUGGAAUUGGUCUAUUCCCUGGUGGUGGUGUAAGUGGAAUCGGAAGUAGUGGUACGGGAAGGAGACCACAUAAUCUCCCAGGUCAAGGGGAUCCCGACAACGACGAGUUUAUGCCUCCUGGUGCGGAGAAUAUGUAUAUGUGAUUUUUCGAGGUACCUUUCGCGGAGGAAGGAUGUUGAUGCCAUGUAAGUUCAGACGAGAUUUUGUAUAUUUCAACCUUUCUGUAAAUGUAAUUUGUAUAUAUGGUAUACUAUGGUUUAUAUGAUCCACGAAAUCUUUCUGCAGUUAGUCAACAUUUUGGAUUAUAUCUCAUAGUCGGCAGCGAAGGCGGAGUACCAGGGAAUACCAUUAUCCUGACUAGCCUCCUAUAUAGUUCCUCCAAUCGACCGGAACGAUGUCGCAGCUCCUCCGUAAA